AUGGGAUUGAUAAGAUUAUUAUUCUCGUCAAUCCGGGGAUCCUUGACACUUUUAUCGAUAUGUCUAGUCUCACUCUCAUUGUGGACGUAUACCAAUGCUCUAGGCGCUUUCAGAUUAACAUUGUUCGAUGGUGUCGGAGAGAUAGUGGAUCAGGCCAGUAUUCUCACCAAUGUACCAAUAGGACACGAACAAGCAGCGUGGACCGAGGGGGAUCAACAUCAAAGUGGGUUUCCAAUCGUAGGGCAACCUGUAGCACGUAUACAAUUGAAUGACAAAGGCGUCAUCGACGUCCGCACGGGAGACUCGUUACAAGAUGUGAAUGAGGGAUCUACUUUCAACCUAGCAGUGCUCAAACUUCCCCGAGGCUCAAAGUGGGGCUUUGUGGGAGUAGCUCGUGGUCCUACGAGAAUGAGGCAUUUCAUGCAGGUCAAUGGUCAUUCAUCAAGAGAGCAGGUGCUUGUAGCUAUGGGUCUCAAUAUGACUUCCUCUGGACACCUAGUUACGGUAACACCAGGCCAGACACUUGAUUUCCCGAUGAUACCCAGAGAAGGAUGUUCUUCAGCAGGCUCUUGGAUAGCUACAUACGGGGCAGAGGAUCCACGAUUAUUUUGGACUGAUGCUGGAACACCCGCCUUGACCUAUGCUCGAUCUGCACUUGACUUGGAUAGAUGUCGUUCCGUUGGCUUUGUUCAAGACCUUCGUACAAUCUUCCCAGAAUUAGAUACAGCAUUACGGACUGGAGUGGAAGGUGUAGCGCCGUAUGAUGGAUAUCGAGAACCUGGACAAGGGAACGAUAGGGAGUUGUAUAGAUCAGGGAAACAAGUUUGGAUGCCAUUCUACCCUGGAGCACUUCCAGAUGGAGAAACCGUGUUCCCUCAUAUACACUAUACAGUGAAAUCCGCCCUGUCACUCCGUCCCACACAUGUGACUCCAACUAGAGCGAUAUACGAAGACGUUGACAUGGACACCGUUGACACUCGUGCGUGUAUUGGAAGCGCCCAUGCCAAGUCCUUCAAAGUUCAUCAAGCGAGCCCUCUUUAUCGACUUACACUUUGUGAUCGAGGAUGUGUAGUCACGUCACAGAACACCGUCAAUAUCGCUCUUUCUCAUACUCAAUCGCCUACACGUCAAUAUGGUCGCUUCCUAGCUACGUUCAACGUCUCUUACCCUUUCAAUCCAAUAUCCGUCGGACCUCGCUUUCAGCUCAAUGGAUGCGACGAUGAUGUGGAUAUCAAUUAUGCUUUGUCCCUCGUGCCCAUCCAACAGUCAGACCUGGAUCCCAAAGACAUGGCCAAGAAGACACCUCAGACAGUUCAACCUGACCAUUUCUUCCUUGACGAUCAUAUGAUGAUCACCCUUGGUCAUAAUGAUAAGGAGAUGACUUCUGUAUUGACGAAGGUUCGAGAUAUUUUAGGUCGACAGCAUAUGUGUUGA